AAUGCAUUCUCAGAACUUUUGAGCUUGUGUCUGGGCUCAAGAUAAAUUUCUCGAAGAGUCAAUUGAUAAGCAUUAACGUGGAAGAUGAGUGGGCACUCAGAAUGUCAUAUUUGCUAAAUUGCCAAAUUGGGGAUAUGCCUUUUAAAUACCUGGGAAUGCUGGUUGGGGGGAAUCACAUGAGGCUGUCUUUUUGGCAAACUUUGGUGGACUCCAUGAAGAAGAAGCUAUUGAGUUGGAAAGGGAAAUGGUUAUCGUUUGGAGGUAGAAUAACACUUCUAAACUCUGUUCUUACGUCAUUGCCAGUUUUCUUAUUGUCUGUUUUCCUCGCACCAAAAAGUGUUGUGAGAACUAUGGAAAAAAUCAGGAGGGAUUUUUUAUGGGGUGGGUGUGAAGAAAGUAGGAAAGUGCAUUGGGUCAGUUGGGAGAUGGUUUGUAAAGAUAGACACGAGGGGGGACUGGGAGUUAAGAGUAUUAGGACCUUUAAUCUUUCUUUGCUCGGUAAAUGGUGGGGAAAGCUUGCUAAAGGAGAGGUGGGGUUGUGGAGUAGGUUAAUUAAGGAAAAAUAUGGUGUUGGGAAUGAGAAUUGGAUGUCAUGGGUAAAGGAUGGUAGAGGGGAGGGCUCUAGCUGGUGGAAGGAUGUUUGUAGGAUAGAUGUAUUGGGAGAAAAUAGAAAUGGGUGGUUAUCAAAUGGUUUCGAGAUUAUAUUAGGAGAUGGAGAAGAAGUAAGUUUUUGGUGGGAUUCAUGGUGUGAGGAGGGGGUCCUAGCUCAUAGAUUUCCAAGGCUUUAUAUGCUUUCUGCAGGUAUGGACUAUAAAAUAAAGCAAAUGGGAGUUUGGAUUGAGGACAAAUGGAGCUGGACGUUACCUUGGAGGCGUUUGUUGCUAGACAGAGAAUCCCAAGCAGUAGAGGAAUUAAAAAAGGUGCUGGAAUCAACUAAGCUAUAUCAAGGACGAAAAGAUAAGUGGGUUUGGAAAUUUAGCAUGGAUGGUUGCUACACAACAAGAUCAUGUUAUUCCAAUCUUACUGUCACACAAAUGAAGAGCCAUAAGUAUGUCUUUGGAAGAGUAUGGAAUCCAAAUGCCCCUACAAAGGUGUGUGGUUUCAAUUGGCAACUUCUUUUAAAUAGAGUGCCCACUAAAACUAAUUUAUUCAAGAGAGGCAUUAUCAAGGAUCCUGCAGAAGUGAUGUGCUGCCUUUGCCAGGAACAUGUGGAAGAUUGUGAUCAUCUAUUCAUUACUUGUAAAGUCACUGUUGAAAUCUGGAAUAGAUGCUUCAAUUGUGUCCAAACGGAUGAGGAUUGGUUGGGAGAUGGUGUGGUUAGCUCUGGUAUGGACUAUAUGGCUCACUCGAAAUGAGAUUUUGUUCAACAAUAAAAUGGUGGAUACAAA